AUGGUCGGCAAGAAGACCAUCGUCACUGGUGGUGACUCGGGUAUCGGUCGCGCGGCCGCCGUCAUGUUCGCCCUCGAGGGUGCUGACGUCGCCAUCGUCUACCUCCCCGAGGAGCAGGUCGACGCCGACAAGGUCAAGGCCAUGAUCGAGACCGCCGGCCGCCAGUGCCUUCUCUUCCCCCAGGACAUCCGGGACGAGGCCGGGUGCAAGCGUGUUAUCGAGAGCGUGGUCCAGGCUUGGGGCAGGAUCGACGUCUUGGUCAACAACGCCUCGGUCAUGUACUCCAUCCCCGACAUCGCGGACGUCACCACCGAGCAGUUCGACCGUACCAUGAAGACCAACGUCUACGGUACCUUCUGGCUCACUAAGGCCGCUGUUCCCCACAUCCCCAAGGGCGGUUCCAUCAUCGUCACCGCUUCUCAGGUCGCUUACGCCGGACCCCCCAUGCUCCUCGACUACUCGAUGACCAAGGGUGCCCAGGUCGCCAUGGUCCGUGUCCUCUCCAACCAGCUCCUCUCCAAGGGUAUCCGCGUCAACGCUGUCUGCCCCGGACCCGUCUGGACCCCUCUCCAGCCCGCCGCCAUGGACUCCAGCCAGAUGAAGGAGUGGCACUCCAGCCCCGCCCCCAUUGGCCGUAUCGGCCAGCCUUCGGAGCUUGGCCCGGCCUACGUCUUCCUCGCCAGCGCUGACGGCUCGUUCAUCUCUGGUCAAUCCAUCCACGUCAACGGUGGUGCCAUUGUCUCCGGAUAA